GUCCCCUAUGGCCGCUAUAGGGACUACGGUUCCCGGCUUGCCCUGUCCCCCGUGCCCUCCCGUUGCCGGUGGAACCAUGGCGGAGAUCCGCGUGUUUCCCCUCUCCUGCGCCGUGCAGAGCUACUCCUGGGGGAAGGUGGGGCUGGAGAGUGAGGUGGCCAAGCUGCUGGCCAGCAGUGACCCCCUGGUCCAGAUCCAGCCCGACCGGCCUUACGCGGAGCUGUGGAUGGGUGCACACCCCCGGGGCGAUGCCAUCAUCCGGGAUAACCGCAUCCCCCAAAAGACCCUGGGCCAGUGGAUCGCCGACAAUCCCGCCUGCCUGGGGGCGAAGGUGAAGGACGCCUUCCAGGGUCGCCUGCCCUUCCUCUUCAAGGUGCUGUCGGUCAACACUGCCCUCUCCAUCCAGGCGCACCCCAACAAGGAGCUGGCGGUGAAGCUGCACGCCCAGUUCCCCGAGCACUACCCCGACGCCAACCACAAGCCCGAAAUGGCCAUCGCUCUCACCCCCUUCGAGGGCUUGUGCGGCUUUCGGCCGGUGGAGGAGAUCGUCUCCUUCCUCCAGAGCGUCCCCGAGCUGCGGGCGCUGAUCGGGGAGGUGGCGGCGGAGCAGCUGGAGCGCAGUGGGAGCGACGACCCCCGUGGAGUCUCUGCCGCCCUCCGUGUCUGCUUCACCCGCCUGAUGAAGAGCGAGAAGAAGUUCUUCGUCGACCAGCUAAACAUGCUGGUGAAGAGGAUCUCCCAGGAAGCGGCGGAAGGGAAGGACACGUCAGGGAGCAACGGGGACCUGCUGCUGCGGCUGCACUCGCAGUACCCGGGGGACAUUGGCUGCUUCACCAUUUAUUUCCUCAACCUGGUGAAGCUGGAGCCGGGAGAGGCCAUGUUCCUGGGAGCCAACGAGCCCCACGCCUACCUGCACGGAGACUGUGUGGAGUGCAUGGCAUGCUCAGAUAACACAGUGCGCGCCGGGCUCACCCCCAAGUUCAUCGACGUCCUCACCUUGUGCGAGAUGCUCAACUACACGCCAGCACCCAGCAGCUCCAAGAUCUUCCCGGCUGCGCAGAGCCAGCUCGACCCCAGCGUCUACCUCUAUGACCCGCCCGUGCCAGACUUCGCCAUCAUGAGGAUAGAGAUCCCCCCCUCCAUCAAGCUGUACCUCGUCUCUGCCAUGGACUCUGCCAGCAUCUUGCUGGUGAUCCAAGGGACAGCCGUGGGCACCUCCACAGCCGCAGCCUCCGAAAUGACUCUGCGUCGUGGCUCCGUGCUCUUCAUCUCUGCUAACGAGAGCAUCUCCCUCCACCUCUCCUCGCCGGAUGGGAUGCUGCUCUUCCGAGCCUGCUGCCUCCUCUGAGCAGGACCUGGGAUGCUUCCCCCCACGUCACUCCACAUUUGAGUAGAUAGAAACUGGCCUGGGCAAAGUCAUCUUGCUUGGAAGUUUCCCCUCCAUCUAUUAAACCCCCAAACCAGCCCGCACCUGAUGCGUAGAAAGAGCAAUUCCACGAAUCGACUCCUUGGAUGUGGUGUGGAGCACAGCGGGCAGAGGAAGAGCAUCUCCCCUCACAGCUCGUUAGCCGUGUCCCUGUAGCAUCAUCCCCUCCGUGUGCUCCUAAUGCCAUAUGGCAACUCCUUUUAUUAGUUUUUUCCCCCCCUUCCGUCUCACCGAGAAGCAGCAGGGGGGCCUGAGCUCUGCACUCCGGGUCUCAAGCAUCUCUGCCUGGCUUCUAGGACCUGCUGCUUCUGCCCGCGAAUUCGAUGUUGAGGCUUUCUGCUGCUCCUGGGUGCCUGGUGGGCUCUUCCCAAGCCUGGCCGAUGGCAGGCAGUCCUCUGAGCCAUGUCACCCCUUCCCCAGCUGUAAAAGGGGGCUACUUGGCAGGGUGACGGAGCUGGAGAGCCUUCGGUGCUGUGAAUAAAGUGGUGACUUUGUCCUUGGCGCAGGACAGCAUGGUGUAGGGAGCAGGAGGAGGACGGGGAGAAGCACUGGUGUUUGCGGGGCUCGGGGACUGGAGGAGGCUGGGGGCAGCUCUGGCAUUCCCCACCCCCCGGUGCUGGCUGCAACCUUCACCGCAUUGCCCCAACAGCAGCAUCAGUCUGGGUGACACGGCAGCUCCGCAGGGAAACAGGACACCGGGA